GGCCCGUACAUUCCAUGGCACCAACCCAACUCAACUGCUCAAACGCCUACUUUAGACAUGCUUUUAUUCUGGAUUGAUUCAAAGCGCGAAAGGCAAGAAACGUAAACCGCCUGCCGCCAAGAAGCCAUGAAAAGAACAAGCAAAUCGCUCCUCAAUAUCUAUCUUUCCAAACUCAUCUCUCAAAGCAACCCAUCAAUAGUACUCGUCAAACAUCUUUCAAUAUUAAGGCCUCUCAGCACGAAAACCACAAUAAACUCAACAGUAAAGCACAAGGGUCCAACGAAAUCCAAUAAAGAUUCGUUUAUUCUGGAAAAAUUUAGGCAAAGAAAGCUCCAGGGUUCUUUAAAAACGACAACCCAACAACAAGAAACGACAAAUGUGAAUGUUAAUGAAGUGGGAAGCAAAAAUGACCAGGGGAAUGGUGGAGCACCAAAGGAGGUGUCAAGUUUUGAAGAGUUGGGUUUGAAAGAGGAAGUGGCAAUGGCUGCUGCGGAGAUGGAUAUUUGGGUUCCAAGUGAAAUUCAGUGUGUUGGGAUUCCUGCUAUUUUGGAAGGGAAGAGUGUGGUUUUGAGUUCUGAUUCCGGGUCUGGUAGGACUUUGGCAUAUUUAUUCCCUCUUGUUCAGCUAUUAAUACAAGAUGAGGUAUUUUCAAGCAUGAAGCCUAAACAUCCUAGGGCUGUUGUGUUGUGCACAACAGAGGAGCUAUCUGACGAGGGAUUUCGUGUGGCUAAGUUGAUCAGCGAUUUUGCACGGCUAAAAUCCGCAAGGGAAAGUAGUUCUGACCAGUCAUAUCUAGAGGAGCUCUUAAAUGCCCCAAUCGGAAUGUUAAUAGGAACACCUAGUGAGGUUUUGCAGCAGAUAGAGGAAAGCAUUGUAACUGAUAACAUCAAAUACUUGGUAUUGGAUGAGGCAGAUGCAAUUUUUGAUCAUGGCUUUGGUCCUGAAAUCAGCAAGAUCAUAAAAUUGUUGAAGAAUCAUAUAUCAGAAUCAAACUGCCAAGGACUUCAAAUUAUUUUAGUUACUUCUACAAUGUCGAAGAUACUAGGAAAAAGUGUUAUUAUGGAGCGUAUUGAGCAUGAUAAUGCUGGAAAACUCGCAGCAAUGCUGCUUGAGAUGGACCAGAUGGAGGCUUUUGAAAUUAUUGAGUUCCCGGAUGCUCUCAAGAAGAAAAUGGCCGAGGCCAUUGACUUCUUUACAUCAGGAUCAUGAACUUGGUCACUUGCAUUAGUUUGAUUGAGAAAAUUACAUAGCUAGAAUCAUUUCUUGGUGCUAUCAUGAACUGAUGUUUUAAGGCUCAAUGGUUUUUGUAUAGUUGAUGAGGUCUUCUCCAACACUUCGAAUCUGUUUUAGGAGGCAGUCCCUGUGGUAAGUGACAGUUUCGUUUCUGACUUUUGUAGAGGGAUUAAAUAUUAUAUAGUUAGUGUAUAUGAUAAUGAUUACUACUUGACACUUCUGUUAUAUUAUAGUUAUAUUGCACGUUUCAUUUGAGUAUGGAUUUAAAAUUUUGGGAUGAG